AAAACGGAAAGCUUUAAUUUAUGGAUUUAAUAAUAUGGAUUUGUUUAACGUGUUGCAAAAUAUGGGCUUUAUUCAUAUUUUAUUUAUUGGUGUAAUUUGGGACAUUUUUUUGGUACGUAAAUUAAUUAAUUAUUGUUUUUUAUCUACACAAAAGAUGGAAUUUGUAAUUUUUUAUAUUGUUUAGCAUAAAAGUAUCUAAAGCCGUCAUAAGUGUACGAAAAAAGGAUAAAGAAAUAAAAUAUCGAUAUUGAUGACUUUUUGACUAGGCUAUUCAUCAUUUUGUACUCUAUAAAAGUAGUUAGUAGUAGGUUAGAAGAUGAGGUAUCUCAUAGUUUCCUAGGAAUGGGGUACCUAAAUUUGGGUCCCAUACAAAAAAUCUGAUUUUAUUUUUAUUUGCCUUAAAUAUUCCUUACUAAAAAAACACAUUUAAUGUGUUAUUUCUUAUUAUAUCGGAUCAUUUUCUAUUGAACAGUAUUUUUUUUAAUACGAUUUUCACUAAAAAGUAGGAAUGUCCGCUUUUUUUCGUUACGCCCCAUAGUGCAUCAUAGGAAUUUACAUCGAACAUUAUAAUUAUACCUAUCCUGUAUCUACAACACUUCUUCUUAGUCGGCAAACUCUUAUAAGAGUAGUCAUGGUCACCCGAUGCGUCUCACAAGGUACCUAUGUAUAUAUAUCCUAUUUAUUUUAAUUGACAUUUACUUUUUUUUAUAGAGGGCUAAAUUUAUUUUAAAAUAAAUUUAUCAUAAUCAAGUUUCUUUUCUGUAAAAUAGCAUUUAAAUCCCGCGCAUAGCUCCAGUAACAAGUAACAACCCCUGCGCUGGCGCAUUCGUUGUUCAAAAUGCCAUUGAAGCACGCGAACGGUUUUAGCUCUUCGUAUGUGUGUAAUAAGCUGUACAUACACGCUUUAUUAUGUGCAUGUGUGCAUUAUAACACUCACACAUUGACUGCUGGGUGGGACACCCCUCGAAAUUAUUGUCCUCGGUGCUACUCGCGUUUUGGGUAGCGUUACCGUUCAACAAUUUGUGAUACUAUGUUGUGCCUACUGACGACGUCAAAUAAAUUAAUAUUUAUUUUUAUUGGGUUGUAUCUAUUAUAUCCUCGAAAUGUUUAAAAGAAAAGCUCCGACCAAUAAGUUAAAUUAAUUACACAUCUUGAAGUAACGGUCAAUAAUAUAAUAUGAAUAUGUAAUAUAAUUUGAAGUGUCUUUAGUUAAUUUAAUAUCGAAGGAAUACCUGCAUUCUGCAUCACGUAAUAGGAAAAAAUAGAUACAACACGACUUCAUGAACCCAUCGAACACAUGGAUCAACAUGAACACAUCUGCAUAAAAAAUCAUACCGAGCAAAUAUGUAAAAAUAAUAUUUUAAACGGUAACGCUACCCCAUUCCGCCCUUUGAAAAGGCAUGUGUGCAACUAGUAAACGUAAGUACCCCUGUUGAUCCCCCCGCCGGCCCAGGUGCGCCCGCGCGGCACGCGCCAUUCCCGCCGCGGCCGGCGCCCUGACGCCAUCUAAACCAACUGCCUGCUUACCCUUACCCGCAACCAUUCCGAAGGACACUCGGAAUGUGACUCACCCAUCAUGAGUUCAAUCGGUGUCGUAGUCUUCCGCAACUCGCCACUCGGCAAAGCCCAAGUUCUCCAGGAGUCCGCCAGCAACGCCGUUAAUAUAAACAAUAACACCAACCAAGGAGUCAGAAGAGAAAUCAUUAUAGUGAGAAAGAAACAGAAGAUCCAAUCUCCACCGACGGUGUCAGUGACUUCUUUAGUGCGUGCUUCUGAUCCUUCCGUUGCAAGUGUACCGGCGAAAAGACCGCGAGUUCGAGAAAAUGUUCCUGAAGAUAUAGCUCGGUCGCCGACACCGCUUGCGGUGGCACGGCGUAACGCCCGGGAACGGAACAGAGUGAGGCAAGUCAACGAUGGCUUCGCUGCUCUGCGUAGACACAUACCCGAGGAAGUGGCCGCGGAGUUUGAAAACGCCAACUCAAACAGAGGACCGAACAAGAAGCUGAGUAAAGUAGAAACAUUACGUAUGGCUGUAGAAUAUAUAAGAAACUUAGAGAGUCUCCUUAAUAUAGGCCACGCUGACAAAGAAAAUGCAUCAUGUAUGUCCAUGGAAUCUUUUCCCUCGCCGGCGUCUUCAUCGCCACGUGACAACAGUCAAGAAAGAAGUUAUUACGCCCUGAAUUCCCCAGUUCUUGAUGAUGAUGGUCUUGAGGAUGAUGAAUUAGACGGAACUCUGCAGCUACCCCAGCACCAGUAUAUAGAAUUACCAGCCACCGAAAACUUUCAGUUAGUUUCUACUCCGCAUUUGUAUGAAGAAGAGGAUGGUGUCGGACAACCUUUGACCCCAUCAUCUGAUUUAAUAGCUCAAGAAGAUGUCAAUCCACAUCUACUUGAUGGACACUUUCCAUUUCCAAACUCGGCUGAGCAAUUCACAGUGAUUCCGGAACAAAAUUAUUGUAGCGACCCCAAUGUGCCAUUGAACGAUAGUGAUUUCGAGGUAAAAUAUGCGCAGUCUGUCCAACAUCAUAUGCAUAGACGUUUGAGUGACGAAACAGACCUCCCUCUUGAAGCAAUUAAUCCCGAUCUAAUUAUGGCACAUGAGCAGUAUAAGUUCAAGGAAGAGUCGUUCUUGGAAAACACUCCAUACAGUGAUGUAGAGCUGAAAAAAGAACUUCCUGACAUUCACGUGACGCCUGAAGACAGGGAGCAAUUUGAGGAGACCUUGAAAUGGUGGCAGGAAAAAACAAGACAAGCACGGCCAAAUAAUAAGAAUUGACUAGCAAAGUAGUGUAGCUCAGUGCAUUGAUAGUAGAUUAAUAGAUAUUUAUAUUGUGAUGUAGGUAUGUAUAUGAAGUAAUGGAUAACAUACAGCUGUCGGUGCCAAAGUCGCUGCCGGCGCAAGGUGCGCGGUAACGGUCAGUUAGUUUAAUGAAGCCAGCACACGUCUGCGUUUCUUUAUCUUUAUGUUAGUCUUAAUAGCCAAGAAAAAACAUUUGCUCAAGUUAGUUAAACAAAGAGUUGACAAGUGUUGAAUCGAUAACCAACUUUCAUGUCCAAUUAGUAUAAAUAUUAAACUAAUAAGUGUAUACUUUUA